AUUGAGUGGUGCGUGUCUUUCAUACAAGAGAGCAGUAACAGGGUCACUGAAGCUCGUGCACCGCCUCAACACCAUGACCACUAAUGAUAACCAGAUGGUAAAUCGCAUUCUCGGGGAGCUGAACAGGAAAAUAACGGCUCAAAUUCAUCAAAAUGCUGAGAUUGUGGAUAGUUUUGUCAGUGCUCUUAGAGCACAACUGAUGAAUUCUCACGGCACACUACUGUCUAAAGCCAAUAUCAUGCACAGUGGAAGUGCCUAUGAGACACUUUCUGUUAAAGUCAAGACCGACUUUGAUAUUGUCCUUGUCUUGCCCACUCCUUACCAAGUUGAAAACUUUAAGGUGGAGCGUGAUCCAAGUCACUUCCUGAGGUUAAUAAUGAACCCAAAUAGCACAGCCAAAAGUUACCUGGAUGCUGCCAAGCUUCAAAGUCAACUUUUUGAAGAGCUGCAUAUGUGUUUGAAGAGAGUGAGUGUUCCUGGAGUGAGAAGCGUGAGUGGGAAGAAGGGACUGGCAGCCUACACGGUGGAAAUCAUCACAACAUCAGGUACCAAAAUCAGUGUUGAUUUGGGACCACAAAUUGCAGCUCGAGCUUGGGGUGAGUACCUCCGGCCACUGAAGGAGCUCUCAGCCAAACUACAAGAUUAUGUCAAGAUGCUAGAAAGGAAUGCUUCACCUAUUUAUCUCCUCAUUGCAGCAGUACCUGGAAAUCAUCCAAAUCAAAAUUUUCUCUUCAGCAUUUCUUUUUCCAUGCUGGAGAAAGAGUUUUUGAGGUCAAACCGUAACAUCCGGGACAUGGUGAAAGCAUUACAACAUGAAGGCACCGAAGCACCAAAAGAAAAACCUUACACCAGCACACACCACCCAACAACAUAA